AUGGCUUCUCGGGCUGUAGAGACAUAUCCGGUCGAUUCUCGAGAGGCCAGAGAUGCCCUCAACAUAUGCAGGAAGUGUGGCAAAGCCAGAGGCCCUAACGUGAAUUUAUCAGUGUGCGCAGGGUGCAAGCGAUGGUAUUAUUGUAGUCGCGAAUGCCAGAAGUCAGACUGGCCUGAACAUAAGGAGCAGUGUCGCGCGGCAAAUUAUUGGUACGAAAUUCUAACUAAGCGUGACGAUGCCUUGCUAGCCAGGGAGCGCACGUCGGACAAAGCGCCGGAAGCUCUGCCCUCGCAAGUGGCGGAUCGCAAGUUGCGGACGAAGUGGCGGCGUGGCAGACACUUCAUGCCAUCGCUUCACGUAGCAUCGACGAAUGCGUUCCGUGUCGGGGCUGACCUCCUUCCCCGCGGCUGGGAAGACAAUGUCUUUAUGGUCAGGAUCGACUGUCUGCCUAAUCCAUUGCCCACGUCCCGUCCUUGGUCCCGCUUUACCGUCGUGGACGCCAAAAUAGUCCCGUUCACGUGGUAUGCAUCACUGAUGGGGUCCAAGCACUACGAGAAGUUCUUGAAGGACCGCAAGGAUGCGGUGGAGGCGGGAAAGGCUGCAGGAUACACUGGCGCCAUCCAUAUUAUUCUGAAUGCCGUGUAUCAUGGGAACAUACCGAUGAGCUUUUCCCUACCGUUCGAUGCGAGAACGGCGGCGGGCGUUGAGCAGAUCGAUGAUUGGUUCGACUUGCUGAAAACGGCCGUCGAAGUAAUUUGUGGACGCAAAACGUUGGACACUCUUCCUGGCUCGUCUUCCUCCAAUCAAUUAGCAGAGAAACAAGGAGAUCAUAUCCGGAGAUGA